AUGGCCAUGGAGAGGGAUGAUGGGGAUGGGGAUGAUGGGGAUGAAGAUGAGUGGACAAAAACUGCAGACGCACAGGCUGGACAGGAGGCGUCAUCCUGCAUGGCAGCCUGCGAAGCUGCAGGGCAGAGUUACUGCGGCCCAUGUGACCCCCAUCCCUCCCUCCACAGUGCUGUUCUGGGCCACAGUCCUCUUGGCUUCAUCCUCAGUGCUGGGCAAGUGGUCCACUUGUGUCCCCACCACUCUGAGCCAUGCUGGGCCUGAAGAUCAGUUCUGAGCCUUGUCGUCUUCUGCUAUGUCACUGCCCAGCCCAGUCUAGCUUCCAGCUUUAACUGUCAGCAGAGCUCCCAGGCUGGCGUGCUGCAGGAGGCACACAGCUGGGCCCCUGCUCCAGAAGGCCAGCCCCUGCACACACUGGCACGCUCCUCCGUCACACUGUUGCGUGUGGUGGCCCAGAGCAUACCGAAGGAUUCGUUUGUAGAGUUGAAGGAACAGCUUCCAGGGACCUCUGAUUCUAACUGCCUUGCCGUCUCAGAUAUAGACCUCAAAGACUUGAGUCCCAGCAGCCUGCAGUAUGAGUGGGAGGAGACACUGUCCCCAGCCACUGUGGCCACAGCAGCUGUACUGGUGAGGAGGUUGUGUCCACCAGCUUUGAGCAAUGUGGAAACCUCAGAGAUAUUCCUGACGCUGGUGUCUGAGCUCCAAGGCCUUUCUGUGGAUGAGCUGAUGGAAGUCUGGAGAUGGUCUUCUUUGAGAUGCCAAGAUGAUUGUCCCAUCCUGCUGUCGAGCAGACUGAGACUCAUAGACAGCGCAGAUGCUGGAGAGCGUCGGGGCAGCUGGCACCCGCUGGUAGACGCUCUGUCCUCCUGCAGCACUCAGAACCGUGUGGGCCUCAGGAAGCAGCUCAUCCUGGCUAGGGAGGUGUAAGCAGACCAGGCUGAGGCAUGGCUGUGGUCGCGCUUCAUCCCAAAGCCCACAGACACCAUGGUGCUCACACUGCCGCCUCUGCUGCAGUCUCCAGAAGCCAGCCCAGGGGCUUUCCUUGGCCUCUCAGCUCUGGCACCCAACCUCUCUGCUGCUCUGGGUGAGCUCUACCAACAGCUGCCUGGAGUUGGCUCGCUUGUGAGGAUUCUGGGAGAGGCUCUGGGUGUGAAGUGCAGCUUCCCAGGACCUGUGGAUGCUGGCCAGCUUCAGCUUGUGCUGAAGGCCCUGGGCAAUGCAGGUCUGUCAACAGCAGCUCUCACCCCUGUAAUGAGCACCUGCCCAUCCCUGAGGGGCAACGUUCCUGAGAUCAGGCUGGCAGUGCCCCAGGCCCUCAGGGGGGUCCCUUGCUCUGCAGAUUGGUCAGUUCUCUUGCACCUGUACCAAGCUCCUGAAGAGGACACAGAGCUCCGUAUCAAUGCUGACCUGGCCCUGAUGAGGUGCCCCAGUGAGGAGGUGUUUGCCCAGAUGCGGGCAACACACAGGCAACUGAGCGCUCUACCCAAGAGGGCAUACCAGCAUCCUGAGGUAACGCAGCUUGUACUUGUAGAAAUGAACUGGUUCAGACUUGGGUCUGAUUUUCAAGCCGAGGGAUCCCACUUCAUAACUUCACUUUGUCUUCAGGGAAGCUCAUCAGAAUUCCAUCCACAGGCUGGGUUCUACUCCUGUCAGCUACCACAGCAGGUCCUGAGCAGCCCUGACACAGGGGCACGGCAGGCCUGGGCUGAGUCAAAGAGCCUUGGCUCACCAUGCAUCUUUUGCUGCCACUGUGCCUCAGUGGGCUCCUUUGUGUGGAGCCCCAUCCUGUGACUGCUGGAGACGGAUGAUCCCCUGAAACAGAGCCUGGGAGCCAACUUGGAGAGGACCCUCCUCUCCCAACUCUUUCCUCCCUUGUUCUGCCACGGUGACUUCACCAUCCACACUGCUGGCCGGGCCUGCAACCGGCUGGAGCUUGGGGUUCUUCCUCAGGUGGCCCAGCAGAACAGGGCAAGGCGGGCACCAAGCUGUCAGCUGAGUGUCAGAAUGUUCCGGCAUGAGCUGAGCUCCAUAGACUUCGGGCCUCUGGGAGGCCACAGGAGACGCUGGUCUCUGCGCCUGGCUGAACUCACUGUUGAGCUUCUGAAGGUAUUUUCUGUCCCUUCCCCGCUUUUCCUGUUCCCUUCUACUCUGCCCCUACUCUCUGCCCCGUCCCCUGCUCCUUUCCAGUCUCCAUCUUCUGUCCCUAGCCCCAUGCCCUGCCUUGUGUCUCUGUCCCCAGUCCCUUUCCUUUGCUUCUGCAACAGUCCUGGAACCCCGAUCCUAGCUGCUUCUCUUCUCUAUUCUGGGCAGGUGACCUGGAGGCUGACCCUGGCUUUGGGGGAGGUCUUCUUUCCCACGGUGUCUGGCAUUACAGCCAGGCUCAGCCUCCAAGCCUUGGCUACAGUCAGCAUCCGGGUCCAAGGAGUGGCUGACUUCCAACAACUCUCAGACCUCUCUCUGAGGGGUUACAUCAAGCCCAGGGCCCUCCUCCAGGUCUUGGCUCAGAUGGGCACUGCUGGAACCGUGGGGCAGGCUGGGCUGAGAUGGUUGACCCGUGCCCAUGGCACCACUAGCCUAGAUGGCAGUAUCCAAGCUAGGAAGGUCAACCUCAAAGUACAUCUGAAUGCCCCAGAGGAUUCAGGGGAGCUACUCAGCUUCAGGCGGGGCCUUCACCACAGGGGGAGCUGGCAGUGGGCAGAGUUGCAGUGUGGAGGGUUAGGUGUCUUGGAGGUAAUGGGGGGAGGGAGAGGUGAACUGCUUAUAGAAAGAAAUGGGAGGGCUGGGGCCUGCAUGGAGAGGGAGGGGCCGGGUGGGGCAGGCGGCUGGGGGAGGGAGGACUUGCAGGAGGGAUGGCCUGAGGUGCAAGUGUCAUCCUCUUCCACUAGUUCCAGGCUGUAUCUUGUCACUGGUGACAGUGUGAAGAGUGUAAGUGACAGUCACAACCUCUCUGAGUCCCAUUCCUGUACCAGUGAGGAAGUGUCCCACAUCUGGGGUUGGAACUGUAUUAGCGUGGCCUGGCCAGAGCCUGGUCAGCCCUCUCUGUCCUCAGUGCCUGUGUUCAUGGACUUGAUUCUGAAGAAGCAGGACCCAGGACUUCAGCCGUACCUGCUAGAGACUGCCUACACCCUGAACCCUGCUGUGUUUCAGAAGGGGAGCUGGCUCCCUGAAGAAGCCACAGCCCACCUCUUCAUAAGUACCCCCAAGUCAGAAACCAGGAACGUUGGGGUGGACAUCAGCCAUAAUGUUCCCCAGAGAAAGAAACCUGUAGCAGGUGAGGAGACUGAGGCAGGUGAUGCCGGGACUUUUUCAGGGCCAGAGUCUGGAAACAAGACCCAGCGGUUUGAGGCCCAGCAGGCCUCCAUCUGCCGAGGUGACAUAGGAGAAGCAGGGGUUGGCUCUUGGAGCCCGCAAGUGUUGCUGGAGAAGAAGGCAGAGACUGGGUUGCAGGAGACCAUCUUGGGCGUCCAGCUGCAGGUCCCGGGGGGUCUCACUGUUGGUGUGUCCCAGGUCCGCUGCAGCACAGAGCCUGGACCUCCUUCGAUGGCAGCUGGAGGCCAGCUACAGGAACGGUGGGCGGAGAGUGGUAACCAGAGAUUCCUGCGCAUCAGCCAGCCCUUCAGGAAUGACUCCGGACCAGCACUGUGCACCUACUUACUGGAGCUUUCACUGCAGGUCCCUGAGAGGCAGCUGGACUGCCUCCCACAGACGUACCACCUGAGCCUCCGGCAGCCCCAUGUCAAAAGCAGCACAUACCUGCAGGUGCUAGUCAAUGGUCAGCUGCCCUUCAUGGUGGGCUUGCACUGGAAGGACACCUCCAGGGCCCCCUGUGGAGAGGAGAAGGGAAGUGCCAGCUUCUACUCUUGGCCCACUUUCCAUUCUACUUUGCUAACUGUGAUGUACAAGAACACUCUUAGAGCACAGGGCUGCUGCGUGCUCUCUGGCAUCACACUCUCUGUGACAUUUGGAGGGCACAGCUGUUCCAUGGUCUUGCCAGCUACCUUCAUGUCUGUAGCCUGUCCUUUCUCCACACCCAGCCACCCCUGGCACCUUCUGGUCACAAAGAACCUCCUCUUCCUGGGGACCUUCAUAGUGGACAAGCAGUGCCAGCGUCACUCCCUAGAGACCAAGGCUGUCCUAAAUGGCCAGGAGGAGACACUACACACUGUGGUGCUGGGUUGCCAGGCUGGACACUCUAAGUGAGUCUGCACAAGCCUGACCCACCCCUGUCAUCAUGAGGUCAUUCCCCGGAGGUUGGAGAGAUGCUUGGUGGCUUGGAAUCCACACACUCAGGCUAAGAACAGUGAGGUCAGCGCUACAGUAAAAGACAACUAGGAAGUCAUUCUGCAUCUGAAGGGUUUACACCAGGGCAGCUCUCAGGAUGGAGGGAUCCAGCACAGCAUGACCGUGGACGCCACUCAUUCCAACCAGUUGAGCGCCCCUAGGCUAGGAAUGGUGGUUUUGACCUCACAAGGAGCAUUUGACUUCACUGUAGAUGCACAAGCUGCUAUCAGUCACAAUGCCACAUCCCAGGUCAGGGGCAGACUUUGCCCACUUGUGAAGGAAAAGGGUCUUAAUCUACUCAAUAACCUAGGGCUGUGGCUCAGUAGGACACCUCUCUGGCAUGCAGAGAGCCCUGGGAUCCAUUCCCAGCACAUGGCAUGGCGGUGCACACCAGUAAUUCCCUACACAUCCACAGUACAGCCCAGAGCAACCCUGGCCCACACACCCACACUGCAGUCACACGUCCUGCAGGUGCAGGCUGCCACAGGAUUUCACAAGGAACACAGAGAGGACAUGUCCCUACCUGUGCAUGUGUCUGGUCACACACUGCUUCUGCUAGAGGUUCCGCCUUGCAAAGGCUUCACAUCCUUCCCUAAGCAGCGCCUCCUGCUGGCGACAUGUGUUCAGACAUGCGAGUCUGCAGAAGACUGUGGCAGGCCCCAUCACUUUCCUCCUAGGCUACAGCUGUUUUCCAGGGUGAUGCUGGACCAAGACGCAGCUCAGCUGCUCCUCAAGGCAUCUGAGCAGAGACGAGGAGGCUGGGUCCUGGGGCUGUGGACCCCUGCACAGCACUCAGUAGCUGGCUGGAUGAAACUGCCCCAGGUCCUGAGGCUCAGGGGUGUGCUAAAGCAGAAGACAGCACUCCGAGAAGGUUCUGUGAGGGUGGCCACUGACUGGACCAUGCUGAGCUUCCUUCUGCAGGACGUGCAUGAGGAGACAGGGAGCAGCAGCUUGCACACCCUGGCCUGCAUCCUCACUCAGAACUGCAGUCAGCACUUGCCGGGAGAGCUCCAGCUGAGAGGGCAGUGGCACACCUACCCUGGCGCCCUCAGGGGCAAGGCCAGCAUCCACAGUGACUUGACCAGCCUGUUCCUGAAUGGGACCUGCCCCUUAGAUCUGGGUAUAGUCAGCUUUCAGGCAGCCCACAGGGGCAAAGGUCUGACCCCGGCUAUGGACAGGAAUUGCUCUGGGUGGUUGGAUCAGAUGAAAUUACCACUUCAGAGGGACAGGGAAAGUUGCAUGUGGCACACCUGGAGUCUCUGGGGACAGCUGGACUCCAUGAAUCUUAUGGGAGUCCACUCUGACACAACAGGCUGGAAUGGGCCCUGUGACAGUCCUUUGCUUCCAUCCACUGCCACCUGUUCUUGGGUCUCAUCUGUAGGAAUCCCCUCCAAGGCUGAGACUCAAGUGACAGGGGCCCAGGAGUCUUUGAACAGCUCAGCUCAGAUGUCACUGUGGAGUGCGACCAGCUACCUUGAUGGCAACCUUGAUUCAUCAGGCCCCACCAUGCCCAGCCACAGGCACUGGGACCUCCCCUUCUCCAUAUAUAGCCAUGGGCACAUCCAGGUGGGUGAGGAGAAGACUGGGCCAAUGUGGCAACAACCAAGCAACCUUGCAGGCUCAACAAGUGUAAUGGUUGUUUUUCUUGCUGUUGGGAUACAAUACCAGACAAGAGGAGUCCCUGUGGAUGUUCAUGAUAGUGCGGCCAGCUUUGAGCACUCCACACAUAUCUCGGCUGGCCCUACAUCCACCAGCUAUUCUGUGAACGACGGGCUCCAGGACGGUGGACUGGAGCUUAGGGCACAGCACAACACUGAGGCCCUGCUGCAGGCCGGAGGCCCUGGUGAGGUUAACCUGCGAGGUGAACUACAGGUGCAUGUGGACCUCCGUGGCAGGAUCAACGAGGUCAGCAUGGAUGUGACAGCCCUCACGGCUCAGCUGCCUUCUGAGAACUGGACCUUGCAAGACGUGAGUUCCUCCCUGAAACUCACUUUUAACACCCAAGAUAUGGUGGUCCUCCGUGUCCAUGGCCAGAACCAUGCCAACAGGUGGAAACACAACUACAUCCCCGUGUUGAACCAGUAUCUGCAUGUCAAUGCCCAAGAGCAUAGGGUUGUUGCCAGUCUCCGAUGCUUCAAGGGUGAGACCAAAAGCAGCUUUGUCCUAGAGGUGGGGGAGCACUGUUUCCACAUCAGUAUCAGCCCGCUGGCUGCUGAGGACAGCCUAGCCAAUGUCAUCCAGAUGCAACAGACCUUCUCCCAGGCUGAGAAAGGCCUGCAGGUGGCGGCAAAGGGGGAGCAGCUGGGCAAGAAGAAAAGAUGCAGGAAACAACGAUCCACACGAUCCACACACAGCUCCCGUUCCUUCCUGGAUGUGUCUCUCUUUCCCCACCCAAUCGGUGCGUGGGCUGGGCUCCACACCAGCCACCCCAUUCUCUUCCAGCUCAGCACUCUUCCCACAGAGCUGGUCCUGAGGACUGUGAUCCAGAAAGCACAAGGCAACCACAUCCUGUACCAGGAGGUGCUGUGGGAUGGCAGGGAGGUGACCUUCAACGGGAGCCUCUCUGGGUCACUCUCAGAGUUCUUGGGGACCAUACGUCUUCAGGGUAAGUGGAUGAGGGGCAGGAGCUCCCUCCCUGUGGGGGGUGGGGGCAGCAAAGAGGGCUCGCUAGGGUGGCUAGGGAAGGAAGAACUGCUUGCACUUGCCCACCCCUCCUCCCUCCCCUACUUCUGUCCAUCCUUCCCUCAUGAGGUUCAGCAGUCCUGGCACAGCAAUCCUGGGACUCUGAAGAUCACCUGGGCUGACAGAUCCUCUAUGCACAGUGUAGCCUGGGACGGCUGCCUAGCUGCCUCCCUAAGUCAGCUCCAAGGGACCUGGAACCUGGGCCCACCAAAGGCCUGUGGGGCCCUGACUAAGACCCGGGUCAUGUUCAGUGAGCAGUUUGAUCUCUCCUGGGGCCAACACCUGCUGCAGCAGAAUGUAACCUAUGAGGUGAGGCCCAGCCCACCAUUCCAGAAGCAGCCACUGUCCUGGUGGGACAAGGUCCAUGCAGAGGCCACACUGGAGCACAUCUUCUCAGGCCCCUGGACCAAGCACAGUUUCCAGGGGACAGUAGAGACUGACUACGUGUGCAAGUUACACCACACUCUCCAUCCUGGAGAGCCUACCCAGGGUGAGUCUGGUGAGAAGGGCGGGGUGCAGGAGAACCGGGGACCUGAGGAGGGGACAGGCAGGGCCCUCUCUUUCUCUGGGGAGCACAGUCUGGACCAGUGUGCACUCCUGAUGCGUUCUCAAUACACAACCACAGUUGAUCUAAGGCAUCGGACUUCUCUGGGCAUCUGGAGAACCUUUGACGAAUUCGACAUUGAUCCAGUUCAUGCAACAACCAUCUGUUCUGUUGCUCCUCCCUCGAGGCUGAGUGCUUACUCGGAUUUGGCCUUAGCCCGUCCUGAGCCUGGGACAGGCAGAUGCCAGAGAGCAGAGCAGCCCCAGCAGCCGGGCCCACUCGGGCCUCUAUUAUCUGGUCUGUCGUUCCAAGGUCCUAGGGCUCAGCAGCUCAGUUUGCUGGGCUGCAUGUCUACCUCGGCUUCCAAAAGCCUGGUCCAGCUGGAAGGAAGCAUGGAGGUGCAGAAACUAAGACUGUUGGUGUCCCGGGCCCUGCGCUGUCUUCAGGCUUCUGCUGCCCAUGGGGAAGGUAAGGGCAAGGUGACAGUCACCAAGUGCAAGGUGGUGGCUAGGCCCCACCUCUGUCCAAGGGAGCACAGGGGAUCCCUACUCCUAUCCUGUUUUAGCGAGCAGCCUGUCCAGACACUGGGGGGCCUGACCAUUCUGACAGCUGACCGGAGCCUCCUCCUAGAGGCACAUGGUUGUCAGGGGACCCUACUGAGCCAUCUGGAGGUAAGAGGGCCAGGGAUGGAGGGCUGUUGGCCAAGAGUCCAGAGCCCUUCCAGGAUGACAGCAAUUGGCUCCCAGGUGCAGACCCGGCUGGAAGAGAAGCUCUGUCACCUAGAAGACGAUGCAAGAGACAUUCAGACCCUGAAAGGCGAUCUAAUCUCCUUAGAUCCCGCAGCUUAUUUCGUAGACGCCUGCGACCUCUGGCCUGCUUUCUUCGUCCUGGGGUUCCAAGAGCCUUUGGCCACGCUGGAGGAGGCCUACUUGGAGGUGAUGCUAUGGCCUCUAGAUGAGGUGUGGCAAGAACGAGCUGAGGAGGCCAGGCAGUGGCUGCAGGUCUGGCUGCUCAGGCUGCCAGGGAGUUGGAGGCUAAGGCCCAUCCAGGUGACCCUGGGAGCUGUGAUGGAUACCCUGGAGCUGGUAAGGGCUGUGUGUGUGUGUGUGUGUGUGUGUGUGUGUGUGUGUGUGUGUGUGUGUGUGUGUUGGGUGUUGAGCUGGUCCGUCCUCUUCUCAGAUCAUGCUGUGGUGGCCCAUGCCAGGUACAUGGUGACCUCUGAUGGGCAGGUGUGGGGCCUGAGUCCCUGCUGUGGCAGGACUUCUCUCUCUGAUGCUGAGUCACACAAGCCCAGGGCUCACAGUCCUCCAUGUGGAGCUGACCACACAAGCCUGGUUCUAGCCUUGGCCCGGUGGGCUGGGACAGUGGGGAAGGCACUGCAAGGCACCAUCCUCUUUAGAUCAUCUUUUCCCUCCCCAACCUCUGAGGCCUCCAGCAUCCUGGGAGUCUGGAGGGGGAACUUUCCCAGCAGCCCCUCUUGCUCUGCAGGAACGUCUGCUGGCCUUCUGGGUACCAGCAAUAAUGAGGCAGGCAAUGAGCUACUGCUGUCAGGUGGCACAGAAGCUGCCAGCCUGGGGGAGCUCCCCCGGGCCGGGCAGGUAAGCGGUGGGAAAACCCUUUCUCCCAGGCCUCCCCUAGGCUCAGUGGAGGACAGCCGCCUAGGUCCAGGGUGA